AUGUCAGACACAGAACAAACAACAACUCAAGACGUAGAAAAGGUAGUCGAAGAAUUCGGAGAGAGCGUCAAGGAAGACAUUGCUAGCUUGGAAAAGAAAGCAGAGGAAGUCAUCGAUACUGCCACCUCAAAGGUAACUGCUAGCGUCGAGAAGGUAUCUGAGAAGGUCCAAGAGAUUAAGAAGGACAUUAAAGAGGAUAUCAAAGGAUGUUGUCCAUACUCUGCCUCUGGUGAAUAUUCAAUUUGUCACCAAGCCGGUAAGAUUUGCAGCGCAUUAAAGAAGUUCCCAUGUAACGAUUGUUGCAAUAAAGUAUUACUCUGGGAUGACCUCAUCCAAACAGGACUCUUGUUUGGUAUCAUCAAUUUAGUAUUCUUUUUGACAUGCUGUGGAAAAUACAGUGUACUCUCUCUCGUUGGUUAUGCCUCAAUGGUUGCCACCAUCUCCACCAUGCUCUUUAAUAUUACCUCGCAUGUCUUGAACAAAUAUGUAAACACCAUCUCCAUUGACAACCCAAUCACCGAAAAGUUAAAGACUCUUAGCUUCCAUGUAGAUGAUGCUGUCAUCGAAAAAUAUGUUAGAGCAACUGGUGAACUCAUCAAUGCCAUCCUCAGCGUCGCAAAGGAUGUCUUGAGCUGCAAGAGCUUGUACCUUACUGGUCAAUUUGCUUUGUUCUUCUACGUUGUUGCCAAGAUUGGUAAAUGUCUCUCUGGUAAUGCCAUUCUUUACAUUGUUUUCCUCAUUUCAUUCAUUGUACCAAGAUUAUACUUGGAGAAGAAGCAAUUCAUUGAUGAGCAAGUCGGAAAGAUCAGAGUCAUUGCCAAUGACCUCAUCAACAAGGUUCACGCAUACAUCCCAAUGCAACAAUCAGGAUCGUCGUCAUCAUCAAAGAAAUCUAAUUAA